AUGGCUUUCUGGAGGCCCGGGGAAAACCGGCACUCAGAGCUCAUUGGGUGGGCCGGGCUGGGGGCUCACCGCUCCCCCCCCCGCCCGCCCGCAGUGGAGCUCAAGAUCGAGGUGGUGCUGCCCGAGAAGGACCGGGGCAAGGAGGAGCUGUCCGCCAGCGGGAAGGGCAGCCCCCGGGCCUACCAGGGCAACGGCACGGCCUGCCACUUCCAUGCAGAGGAACGCCUGCCCGCCCCCCACCCCUACCCCGGCGCCCAGGACUGCGUGGAGGCUGCUGUCUGCCACAUCAAGGACCUGGAGAACGGCCAGAUUCGGGAAGUGGAGCUGGGCUGGGGGAAGGUGUUGCUGGUGAAAGACAACGGGGAGUUCCAUGCCCUGGGUCACAAGUGUCCACACUACGGUGCGCCCCUGGUGAAAGGAGUGCUGUCCCGUGGACGGGUGCGCUGCCCCUGGCAUGGCGCCUGCUUCAACAUCAGCACCGGAGACCUGGAGGACUUCCCUGGCCUGGACAGUCUGCACAAGUUCCAGGUGAAGAUUGAGAAGGAGAAGGUGUACGUCCGGGCCAGCAAGCAGGUGAGGGGGGGGCUUGGGGCUCAGGCAAAAGAGAGAGGUGAGAAGGGCCUCUGGGCCCAGAAAACAGCAUGUGCAAAGGCCCUGUGGUGGGAGGGAGCCUAGCGGGUGUGGCAGGGGAGCAGAGUGAAGGGCUGUGUGGUGGGGAUGAGGUGGCACUGGAGCAGCAGGACCUGGCCUGCUGGGAUGGGCACAGGGAGCCUGGCAAUGACCCCAGCUUCCAGCUGCCCCCCACUCACUGGCCACCCCCAGGCCCUGCAGCUACAGCGAAGGACCAAGGUGAUGGCCACGUGCAUCUCUCCAAGCGCGGGCCACAGCAGCAGCACCAACGUGCUCAUCGUGGGCGCAGGCGCAGCUGGCCUGGUGUGCGCAGAGACGCUGCGGCAGGAGGGCUUCUCAGACAGGAUCGUCCUGUGCACCCUGGACCGGCACCUUCCCUACGACCGGCCCAAGCUUAGCAAGUCUCUGGAUGCACAGCCGGAGCAGCUGGCCCUGAGGCCCAAGGAGUUCUUCCGAGCCCAUGGCAUCGAGGUGCUCACUGAGGCCCAGGUGGUCACGGUGGACGUGAGGAACAAGAAGGCCGUGUUCAAGGAUGGCUUCAAGCUGGAGUACAGCAAGCUGCUGCUGGCACCCGGGAGCAGCCCUAAGACCCUGAGCUGCAAAGGCAAAGACGUGGAGAAUGUGUUCACCAUCCGGACGCCCGAGGACGCCAACCGCGUGGUGAGGCUGGCCCGGGGCUGCAACGCUGUGGUCGUGGGAGCCGGCUUCCUGGGGAUGGAGGUGGCCGCCUACCUGACUGAGAAGGCCCACUCAGUGUCCGUGGUGGAGCUGGAGGAGACGCCCUUCAGGAGGUUCCUGGGGGAGCGCGUCGGUCGCGCCCUCAUGAAGAUGUUUGAGAGCAACCGGGUCAAGUUCUACAUGCAGACGGAGGUGUCGGAGCUGCGGGCCCAGGAGGGAAAGCUGAAGGAGGUCGUGCUGAAGAGCAGCAAGGUCUUGCGGGCUGACGUCUGCGUGGUGGGCAUUGGUGCAGUGCCCGCCACGGGCUUCCUGAGGCAGAGCGGCAUAGGUCUGGAUUCCCGAGGCUUCAUCCCUGUCAACAAGAUGAUGCAGACCAAUGUCCCGGGAGUGUUUGCAGCUGGCGACGCUGUGACCUUCCCCCUGGCCUGGAGGAACAAUCGGAAAGUGAACAUCCCACACUGGCAGAUGGCUCACGCCCAGGGUAUUGCCAGCCCCACGGCAGCUUGGGGGCGCGUGGCGGCCCAGAACAUGCUGGCGCAGGAGGCGGAGAUCAGCACGGUACCCUACCUGUGGACCGCCAUGUUCAGCAAGAGCCUGCGCUACGCGGGGUACGGAGAAGGCUUCGACGACGUCAUUAUCCAGGGGGAUCUGGACGAGCUGAAGUUCGUGGCUUUUUACACUAAAGGCGACGAGGUGAUCUCCGUGGCCAGCAUGAACUACGAUCCCAUCGUGUCUAAGGUGGCGGAGGUGCUGGCCUCCGGCCGCACCAUCCGGAAGCGGGAGGCUGUUUGUGCUGCACAGCAAGACUGGCGACAUGUCCUGGCUCACAGGGAAAGGAUCCUGAGCUUGCACGCAGCGGACUCGGGCAGGCAUUUUGGGGCGUCAGGGACAGAGGCCAAGCCUGGGGGGCAGGUGCCAACCUCCAGUUCCCCAGGAGCCCCCAGGGCAGAACCUGAGCCCUCUCAGUGCUUGCCUUCGGCUGCCUGGCUCACCUCCCGAGAGGCCUCAGCGGCCUCCAGGAGAUGCUCAGCCCCCAAGACGUCCAGUGCCACUGAUGGCUGGCAGUGGAGGCGGGACAGACCCUGCCUCUUCUUCCUCUGGGACUGGUCCCCUGUAGGACCCUGCAACAUAUUAGACAUUAUCUUAAAAUUAAACACACAUUUGCAGAUCUGUGUGACUUCCACUGUAAUUGGGCAAACUCUCAUGAGGGAGAAAGAUGAUGAGACAGGCACGACCACAGACCACAGAACGCUCAGUGUCACACCAAGGAAGUUUGGUCUGUGA